UAAACUCCCCUCUGCACUCCCACUAGCUUUCCCAUCCGUAGCUCCGCACCACCCACCCAUAUACAUUUAGAUACUCUUGAACACCCCACAGGCAAGAAGCAAAACGACAGAACAAAAGCUUGGUAGCAUUCCUUCCCUGAGCUAUGGCAUCAACUCUAGUUUUUCUCCUCUCUCUCCUCCUCCUCCCCCUUCCCUCCUUCUCCCAGAGCUGCACCUCUCAGACCUUCUCCAAUAACCGGCUUUUCGCCACCUGCAACAACCUCCCCCACCUCUCUGCUGCCCUCCACUGGACCUACGACACUGGCAACUCCACGCUUUCCAUCGCCUUCGUCGCCCCACCAUCGCGCCCCGGUGGCUGGGUGGCGUGGGCCCUCAACCCCACCGGCUCCGGCAUGGUGGGGGCCCAGGCGGUGGUCGGCCUCCGCCAGUCCUCCGGCGGCUCCCUCGUCGCCAAGACUUUCAACAUCUCUGCUUAUGGCCCCGUCACGCCUUCGCGCAUCGCCUUCGAGACGUGGGGGCUCGAGGCCGAGGAGGACGCCGGCGGCCUGAUGACGUUGUUCGCCACCGUCAAGCUGCCACGUGGCGUGGCGAAGAUGAACCAGGCGUGGCAGGUGGGGCCGAGCUCUACUGGUGGCAUCCCUGACAAGCAUGACUUUGGGAUGGGGAAUUUGAACGCCAAGGGGACGCUGGAUGUGGUCAGCGGGCAGAGCUCGGGAGGAACGGAUUCCAGGUUGAAGGAAAAGAAUAUACAUGGCAUACUAAAUACUGUGAGUUGGGGAAUUUUGCUACCAAUUGGAGCAAUAAUUGCAAGGUAUCUGAAGGCAUUCAAGUCCUUAGACUCAGCUUGGUUCUACCUUCAUGUGUUGUGUCAACUCACUGGUUAUGCUUUGGGAGUCACUGGCUGGGCAAUUGGUCUUAAUCUCGGAAAAAAGUCCAAGGGAGUUCAGUACACUACUCACCGGAACUUGGGCAUCGCCCUCUUCUCCCUGGCCACCUUACAGAUCACUGCACUGUUCCUGAGGCCAAAGAAGGAUCACAAAUACCGCGUCUACUGGAAUCGAUACCAUCAGAUAGUAGGAAUGGCUGUUGUUAUACUGGGCAUCAUCAAUGUGUUCAGAGGCCUAGAAAUUUUGAGUCCUGCUCGGAAGUGGAAGGAUGCUUAUAUUGUUGUGCUUUGUGUCUUGGGUGUUAUUACAUUGAUGCUGGAAGUCACCACCUGCUUCAUAGCUCGGAGGAGAAAGCUUGAUAGCUCAGACUCCACCAAGAAGUACAAUGGCUCCGGUGCUGCUAAGGAUCAGCGUGGCUUCCAACAACCACUCUCAGCUUGAGUUCUAUCACCACUGUUUUCUGGGUUGGUACUUCUGUAAAUCUUUUGUUGUCUCACUGGACAUUGAGGAGAACAGGGAUGUUGUAGAUUAGUAUUUUCUUUAUACUUGGUCCUCUCUUUGGACCAAGGAUUUUAUAGCCUGUCAUAUACUUUUCUAUUGCCAGUUAUGUUUUGUAUUCCGUAUCAGAGUAUGUAACUGGAGCUUCUUAGCCUUCAGUUGUAUCUUUCUUUUUCUUGUCCUUUCCCCCCCAAUUAAUGACUGUGGGACUGAGCUUAAACUUGAUGCUCAUGAAACAUUGGUGUAUUACUCAAGCAUUUUAGUUCCAAAUUCUCUUUCC